AUGGAGCAGUUCAACCCAUGCUUGCGGAACUUUGUGGCCAUGGGGAAGAGCUACGAGAAGGCCCUAUCCAGUGUCACAUUUGCUGCAAAGGGCUACUUCGAGGCACUGGUGAGGAUGGGAGAGAUGGCCAGCGAAAGUCAAGGCUCUAAGGAUCUUGGGGACGUACUCUUUCAGAUGGCUGAGGUCCACAGACAGAUCCAGAUGCAGCUUGAAGAUAUGCUGAAGUCGUUCCACAAUGAGCUUCUGACAGAGCUGGAGAAGAAGGUGGAGCUGGAUGCACGUUACCUGAAUGCGGCUCUGAAGAAGUACCAGAUGGAGCACAAGAGUAAAGGAGAGAGUCUGGAGAAGUGUCAGGAUGAACUGAAGAAGCUACGCAGGAAGAGCCAGGGCAGCAAGAACACCUCUAAGUACGGAGACAAGGAGAUGCAGUAUGUUGAGACCAUCAGCAGCAAGCAGAGUGACCUGGACCAGUACACAGCAGAGGGCUACAAGAAUGCACUGUCAGAGGAGAGGAGGAGGUACUGUUUCCUGGUGGAUAGACAGUGUGCCGUGGCCAAGAACAACAGCUCCUACCACAGCAAAGGUAAGGACCUUCUAGCCCAAAAGAUCCCAGCAUGGCAGCAGGCGUGUGCUGACCCUACCAAGCUGCCUGACCGUGCCAUGCUCCUGGCUCAGCAGAUGACCUCUGCAGGGGGUACCCUGGGGUCCGGCUCCCACACUCACCAUGGCUCCAAGGGCAACCUGCUCAUCUCUGACCCUAUCCCCGGGGCCAAGCCUCUGCCUGUACCCACCGAGCUGGCUGCACUAAUGGGAGGAGGUGAGGGCCCUGGGAGACGUCUAAUGGGACCAGGAGGAGUGGACGGAGGGAUGCCCAUAAUGAACGGAACGGCAGGGGCGCACGGAGGAGCAGGAGGGGGAGGAGGGGAGGACUACCAACACUGGAUGGAGGGGAAGAUGGCCCAAGCCCAGGCUCAGGCCCUACAGGCUCAGGCCCUACAGUCCCAGGUGGCUAAGGCCUCCUCCCAGCACCACUCCCAGCCCCACAGACAGGGCAGCGAAGUCUACUCCAACACCCUACCCGUACGCAAGAACGCCCCCGCCAAGAGCAACACCACCAUGGGUCCAGAGACCCGAACCCUUCCCCGGUCUAGCUCUAUGGCAGCAGGGCUGGAGAGGAACGGUCGUACCCGUGUCCAGGCCAUUUUCUCCCACGCGGCUGGGGACAACAGCACCCUGCUCAGCUUCUCUGAAGGAGACAUCAUCACCCUGCUGGUGCCUGAGGCCCGCGAUGGAUGGCACUAUGGAGAGAACGAGAAGAACAAGAUGCGGGGCUGGUUCCCUUUCUCUUACACACGUGUCAUCCCCGAGACUGAAAGCGACAAACUACGAGUCAACAAUCUCCACCAUGGUAAGAGCAGCAGCACAGGCAACCUGUUGGAGAGAGAGGACAUGGCAAGUGCCCCUCCCCCUGACUACGGUAUGUCAUCUCGCCUGCUGGCACAGAGCGCUGCGAUGGCACACAGCAGACAACAACGCCCAUACAGCAUGGCAGGGCCAGGCUUCUCACAGGAGGAACCAGCCCAGGCCACUGAGGACCAACCCAGGCCUCUCAUCUCUGUCGAUGACCAGUCUCCUCCUCCAAUCCUCUAUUAG